ACGAGGAUUUUGCAACAAGGGUACAAUGUUGAGGUGGAAGCCACCGCAUGUUCUUGGGGUUCUUCGGAUGACAUGCAAAUUAUGUCGGGGUAUCUACUUGUACUCGAGCUCGCCUAUUAUAUAGGAGUUCAUAUUUCCAAAGGAUACAACAUAAGGAAGGAGACUUAAUUUGAUCGAAGAACAUCCUGCGUCAAAGUCACCGAAAAUUUGAGUGCUAAGCAGCCGUUCUUGAAGAAUGUAGCCUUCUCUAAGAUUAGAAUUUUUGGGGCUGCAGAAAGAUUCCUGUUUCAGCACUUGAAUUAAUGCUGUUUGAGCACUUUUAGGAAUCAUUCCUCUUCAUAUAGUCCCUCUCUGUGUAAGUAUUGCUAUCAAUUAGUAGCACACUUGUCGAAUUUGAAUUCAUUGCUUUUCUACUUCUCAACAAUAGUGUAGAAGCAAAAGUCUUUCCUUCUACUUCCCCUCUGCGCUACAGUCCUCCCUUCUACUUCCCCUCUAAACAGGACUUCGCUUUUGACGAGGAGAACUGUGAUAAAACGUCCUGGCUCUACGACUGGAUACAGAUUUUAGGCUGCGUCGGAGCUGUGUUACUCCUGUCUUUCGGUCUAGUCUCCGCCAUAUGGAUAGACGCUGAGGUGGAGCCGUGGUUAAGGAGGAUCCACUAUUGA